CACAGCGGUUACACACAGGAGACAUGGAGCUCUGCCUUUAACACUUGGACUUUCCCUCCCACUGCGAUGACUUCCUGCACUUUGGGACUAAUUCUUAGUCAGGGGAACCCGCUCUGAGUGUGUAUCCUCUCUGUGACGUUGAUGUUAAAAAGGGGAAAGAACGGGACCGAGUGACCGGGUGCUGCUGCCGCUUACAGACGCCUCUCCUCUCAUCACCUGCGGCUCGCUUUGUACGGACUGUCCGCUGGUUCCGUCGCAGACUUUGGAGUGUUAUCAAAAGUUACUAUGUUUGAACUUCUAUUUUAAUUCCGGGCGGCUCAGAUGCUGCCUGUGGAGUUUGGAGCUGUUUGCAUCCCAUAGACUGGACAUCCUUUGCACGCCCGUUUGGAUUUAUCUCAGCUGCUGGACAGCCUGUCUAACAAACUGCUUUUCCUGGAGACUGUGACCCACCUUUUCCACCUAUGAAACAUCAGAGAGGAUAAUGGAGUACCGCCACACUUUGGUUCACCUACUGGCUUUAUUUGUAUUUAUAACUUUGGCAUAUGCAUCCAGACCCAGGUUAGAAGAUGCCGCUCCCCGGAUUGUAGAACACCCGUCUGAUCUCAUUGUGUCUAAGGGCGAGCCGGCCACCCUCAACUGUAAGGCGGAGGGCCGGCCGGCUCCAAUGGUGGAAUGGUACAAAGAUGGUGAGCGCGUCGAGACUGAUCGAGAGGACCCUCGAUCCCACCGGAUGCUUUUACCCAGUGGCUCCCUCUUUUUCCUGAGAAUCGUUCACGGCAGGCGGAGCAAACCUGAUGAAGGUCUCUAUGUGUGUGUGGCCCGCAACUACCUGGGCGAGGCCGUCAGUCGCAACGCAUCACUGGAGGUGGCAAUCCUGAGAGAUGACUUCCGCCAGACGCCCAGUGAUGUGGUGGUAGCAGCAGGUGAGCCGGCUGUCAUGGAGUGUAUCCCACCCAGAGGCCACCCCGAGCCCACCAUCUCCUGGAAGAGAAACAACAUCCGGGUCAAUGACAGAGAUGAGAGGAUCACUAUGCGAGGAGGGAAACUGAUGAUUUCCAACACCAGGAAAAGUGAUGCCGGCAUGUAUGUGUGUGUUGGAACCAACAUGGUGGGGGAGAAGGACAGUGAUCCUGCUGAGCUGGUGGUGUUCGAGAGGCCGAUGUUCACCAAGCAGCCGGUGAACCAGGUGGUGUUGGCGGAGGACACGGUGGACUUCUUCUGCGAGGUGCACGGAGACCCCACCCCCACCGUCCGCUGGCGGAGGGAGGAGGGGGAGUUGCCACGGGGCAGGUUUGAGAUCCGCAGCGACAACAGCCUGCGCCUGACCCAGGUGCGUGGCGAGGACGAGGGCACGUACACCUGCGUGUCCGAGAACAGCGUGGGCAAAGCCGAGGCGUCAGGCAGCCUGCAAGUGCACGUGCCCCCUCAGAUCGUGGUUCGGCCCCGGGACCAGAUCACAGCUCCAGGUCGCACCGUAACCUUCCUCUGCGGCACCAAAGGAAACCCUCCGCCCGCCGUGUUCUGGCAGAAAGAAGGCAGCCAGAUCUUGCUGUUCCCCAUCCAGGAGCCGUCUCAGUCGGGGCGUUUCUCCGUGUCUCUGAGCGGAGAGCUCACCAUCACCGACGUCCGAGUGGAAGACUCCGGAUAUUACAUCUGCCAGGCAAUCAGCGUGGCCGGCAGCAUCCUGACUAAAGCCCUGCUGGAGGUGGAGAGCGCCCCUUCAGACCGGGUCCCACCCAUCAUCCGCCAGGGACCGGCUAACCACACCUUAGCUCCCGGUUCCUCCACACAGCUGCACUGCCACAUCAUGGGCAACCCCAUCCCCAGCAUCCAAUGGGAGAAGGACGGCCAGAGGAUCCUGGGGAGCGACGGUCGCAUCAGCCUGAUGGAGAACGGCACCUUCCAGAUCACAAACCUGCAGGAAACGGACUCUGGGGUGUACACCUGCCUGGCUUCCAGCUCCAGUGGAGAGACGAGUUGGAGUGGAGUGCUCACUGUCAAAGAUAGUGCAGACCCCUCAGUGGCUCAGACCACAGAACCCUUCCAGCUGCCGGGCCCCCCCCACAAACCCAUAGUCACAGACGUGUCGAAGAACAGCGUUUCUCUGACCUGGCAACCAAACGCCCACGAGGGAGGGGCCGCUGUCACCUCCUACAUCAUCGAGGCCUUCAGCCAAUCAGCAGGCAGCACAUGGCAGACUGUAGCCGACAUGGUGAAGAUGGAAACACACACAAUCACCGGCCUCCUGCCAAACACCAUCUACCUGUUCAUCGUCCGAGCUGUCAACGCCUAUGGCCUGAGCGACCCCAGCCCCAUCUCUGAGCCCGUCAGAACUCAAGAUGUGAGUCCUACAGGGCAGGGCGUGGACCACAGGCAGGUGCAGAGGGAGCUGGGGGAGGUGGCCGUCCAGCUGCAGGAGCCUGUCACCCUGACAACGUCCUCCAUCAGAGUGUCCUGGACUGUGGACCGUCAGUCUCAGUACGUGCAGGGCUACCGGCUCUUCUACCGUCCUAGUGGGGGGUCCUGGCUCCUGCAGGAUAUCAACUCCCCCUCCGAACGCAGCACCACCCUCACUAACCUGCUCAAAGGAACAGCGCACGAGAUAAAGAUCCGUCCAUAUUUCGAUGAGUUCCAGGGAAAGGAUAGCCGGACGUUGCUGGUUCGAACCACAGAAGAAGUCCCCAGUGCCCCACCCCGAUCUGUUACCGUGGUGACGGUGAAGCUGAGCAACAGUUCCAGCAUCAGCGUCUCCUGGGAGCCUCCCCCUAGCGAGAUGCAGAACGGCAUCAUCCAGGAGUACAGGGUCUGGUGCGUGGGCAGCGGUGGAGACAACCAGACGCGAUACUACAUCAACAGGACGGUGGACGGGAACACUCUGUCCACCGCGCUGAAGGGCCUGGUACCCGGCGUGCUCUACCAGGUGGAGGUGGCGGCAGUGACCAGCGCAGGCGUAGGAACCCGCAGCCAGCCGCUGUCCGUGCUCAUCAAGCUGCCGGCUGAGCAGCCCUCUGCUCCAGGCGGCGGUGGCCCCAGCGACGGCAGCGAGGAGAGCAGCGUGAGUCUGGCCGAGCAGAUCACCGACGUGGUGAAGCAGCCGGCGUUCAUCGCGGGCAUCGGCGGAGCCUGCUGGGUCAUCCUCAUGGGCUUCAGCGUCUGGAUCUACUGCCGCCGCAAGAAGAGGAAGGAGCUUAGCCACUACACCGCAUCCUUCGCCUACACACCCGCAGUUGGUUUUCCUCAUGUGGAGGGACCAGGACUCAAUGGAAGGCCGGGCGUUUUGGGAGGAAGCAUGGGCAACUACCCAUGGCUGGCAGACUCUUGGCCCACCACCAACCUGGUCCACAGCGGUAAAGAAGCUGUCAACUGCUGCACCGCGAACCAUGACACGGCGGAGAGAUACUACAACGAAGCAGGUAUCUCCAACUACCUGAACCAGACAGAGAAGUACAGCAUGGGCGGCUCCACCGAGGGCCCCAUCUACAGCACCAUCGACGCCACCAACGAGGGCUUCACCUACGCCCAGCAAACCUCCACCACACCCUACGCCUCAACCUCCAUCACGCCUUACGCCACCCACACCCAGGGGUCCCACAACAGCGAGCAGCAGGAAGACGGACACUGGAUCAACCAGCCCGGGCCCUCGGGAGCCCAGUACGCCCAGCCGGACCGCUGCACUGGUAAGCCCAAGCAGAAGGCGAUGGGUAAGGCUGUGAAGACCCCGUCACUGACCUGGAUGGAGGUAUUGCCCCCACCCCCUCCAAUCGGAGAGCUGGAACAGUGUGAGCCGGAAGAGCAGCCCCCGGAGCACGAGGACAUGGACAUAGGGUCGGAUGAAGAGUGGUGCCCCCCCCUCCCAGAGAGGACCUAUCUGAUGGAGGGCUGCGAGGACGGACCCUCUGCCCAACACAGGAACACAGCCUCCUCUCCAGCCACCUCCUACAGCCACCAGUCCACCGCCACGCUCACCCCGUCCCCUCACGAGGAGACCCGGGGCCCCCAUGACCCCCAACGCCUCAACCCAGCAGACCAGCAGCUUUCACGCAGAAGGUUAGCCUGCGGUCCAGUGCCAGUUCCCCAGGCUCCCAGCCCGCUGCCCCCCCUGUCCAACCCCGGCCUCUCCGGCCAGCAGCAUCACGGCUCAUCGGAGGCUGGCACGCUGCAGUGCCAGAGUCCCGCCCAUCGUGGCCCCCACAGCCAGGGGCCCGCGCUCAACCCAGACAGCGGCAGCAGUACACCCGUGCACAGCCGCUCCUCCCCAGCAAACACAUGCACUCCCCCCAACCAAAAAUCCAGAGUGAAGAAAAAGGUCUCCAAGAAUUCAGCUUACAGAAGAGAUGCGCAAGGAGACCUGCCCCCACCUCCAGAGCCACCCCCAGGAGGGGAGAGGUUGCAGGGUCUGCAGGGGAGCAUGGAGGCCAGCAACACAGUGAACGUGGCUCUGUCCUCUCUGGAGAGGAGCGAGUACAGCAGCAGCAGCAGCCAGAGGAAGGGCUCGGCACACAGACACAUCGAAAACGAGGACCUGCUGCCCUACAGCAGCAAGGCUCUCCACCUCUCCAGGAGCCAGAUGUCCAGUAACUGCUCGACCACAGGAAGCUCCUCAUCCAGAGGCUCCACGGGCUCCAGAGGGCCCCACUCAGCCAGGAAAUACACAGAGGAGAUGAGAUAAGGACCCAGUGAGUGUCGGUGUACCUCCGAUGCCUCCCCCCUCCACCAUCUCUCCCCUGAAGAAAGCGAGGACAGGUUUAGUGUUUCAGUAUCCAGACUCCGUGUCACCGCUGUGAAAGAAAGCAACAACAGACUCUACAUCAUGUUUUUUUUGGUAUUACAAUGAAUAUUUAUGAGCAAUCGAGUUCUCUCCUCUCCCUUCAUUUGUAAAUACCUGUCUGUACUGUUUUUGUGGGCUCUGGAUACAGGGAAAGAGACGUAUAUUGUAUUUAUGAGGAUGAAAAACAUGUAAAAAGUUUGUUAUUAUAAAUAAGCUCAUGUCUUCUUGAAUGUGCCAACCUUUUUGUCAAAAUGUAUACUUUUGGGAAAAGCAUUAACUACUGUUGCACUCUCUUGUUGUGAAGGCAAAACAACAGAAAAUAUGAAGCACAAAGUGUGUUUGCUGGUGAGAGGGGCGAUUCGUAAAACCAAAACCAGCGGGGCCAGCUCCCGGAGGGCCCGGGACCCCCGCACCCAUGUGUCCGCUAAGAAUGUCAAACUUUUCUAUGUUUCCUUUGGUUCCUCCUGCUGCAGAGCGACCGGCAGACAAGCUUUAUAAAAGUUUGAUUGUACCCCCCAGCUCCUCUCUCGCCCCUCACCUUGUUUGUCUGAGGGACUGUUUGCUGCAGCUGUGAGAAAACAUUUGCAUAUAAUCCGUUGAAAACAAACAGAGAAAUGUCUGUGGACUGACUUUUUUGUACUCUUGUUGUUUUGUAAAUGUACAAUAAAAAAUAACUGCUGAUCCAA